AUGGAUGGAAACGAUGGGCAUCUCCUAACAGACACGGACCAUGAUGUCGUCAAAUCGAUCAGCAGCCGUUGGUUUAUCGAUGGCUUUUGGGCUGACCCCGCAACGGAUACAGAAAUUGAGCAAGAAAAACUGGCAAUCUUGGGGAUGAGCAAUGAGGCCCUGCUCAGCCAUUAUCGGGAAACCGCUGCAAAAUCGCGCUCAUUUGAGGACAGCAGUCACUGGGUGUUCUGGGCGUUCUUCACUGGGGAACAGACGCUCGCUAGAUUCCGAAAUGACGAUACGGUUAAGGCCGAGAUCUUGACGGCCAUGAGCGAUGCUUAUUAUUUACGGUCGCGACAUGUGAUAUCGAAUGGUGUAGAACAUUCACAAAAGCUGCUGGAAUAUGCCGUCAGCUUGCGGGAGAUAGCUUUAGAAAUGCCGCAAUUGCGCGAGCCAACUGUCAGAGCGCGGGAGCUAAGGAAGCUCGCCGAAAUACACUCUGAGAGACUCUUCAGAGGGGGACUCGAGGAGCCCCUGAAUGUCAUCAACAUGGCAACUGCUUGUUUGGAAGAGGCCGCCAAUUUAGUAGCAGAAGAAGAAGGGGGAAGACUGCGCGCGGCAUGUCGUACGCUCAGAUUUAUGGGCGGUGAUAUUGGAGCCAUCGAUUGUGCUCUCGAGAUUCCCAUUGACCAGAUUGUGGAACGGCCCGUAUCCAUGGAUUCGGCAACUCCGCGACGAUUCCGAUUCAUUGACUGCCAAAGCCUUUGUAAAAAAGAUGCCCUCCGCAUGCUGGAGCUUUCCCACUUACCAGAGUCAUACUAUAUGGCUAUAUCGUACGUCUGGCAAGGAGACUUGCGCGCGGAUGCUUCUCCCAGCCCUGGUCCCUUCAUGAGGAUCAAAAAUGCUGCCAACGCGGAUCCCAUAUCGAUCGAUGUGCUGCGGAUCGCGUGCAAUGCCGCGCUGACACUCAACUGCCCUCUUCUCUGGUUUGAUGGGAUGUGCAUCAUGCAAGGGAACGAUUAUGAUAAGGACUGGCAGAUUCAGAACAUGUUCAAGGUCUACAGCCUGUGCAAGACGUGCUUGAUCAUCCCCGGAGGAUUGUCAAGACUUGUUGCCAUUGACGAGGAGACGAGGUGGGGUCACCGCGCGUGGACUCUACAGGAGGCCAUCGCUCCGCCAUCGUGCCAUUGCCUCUUCUCUUGGCCGCACGGCGAUUGCGUGCUGCAAACGGUGAGCUUUGCUCAAGUUCACGAGGUGGAGCCAGGGAGGGCUGCUGUCUCUGAGAUGAGACGCCUGUUAAAUAUAACACAUCGGAAGUGUGAUAUAUUACAGCCCAGAACGGGGGGGAACCUCGGCCAAGUUACGAUCCGACUACUGGGUAAUGAAAUUGAGGACAAGGAUAGCUUUUCACUGAAUGCUCUAAUCGGCGCCCUUGACCGGAAGGGUAGGGAGGGCAUGGGCAACGCGGUCUGGAGGGCAGCCUUGGCACGAUUCUCAUCACGGCCAGUUGACUUUGCCUUGAGUAUCAUGGGUAUCUUCGGCAUAACUCUCGAUCCGUCUCGAUUUGCACCCAAUGACAAAAUAGGUGCAACUGUUGCACUAAUGCAAGCAAUGAUUGUCGAGGGACAGAGGCCGGAGUGGCUAGGGAUAAUGGAGGAGCUACGUCCGGGCCAGCAUUUGACAAUGCUUCCUGAGUUCCCGCAGCCAGAUGCGUAUGGAAGGGCCGCGUUUGGGAAAACUCUUGGGUGUUCGAGUUGGUGGAUCAAGGAUAUCCCCCCUGGCUUGAGGAUGGAUGAUGCCGGAUAUCUACAUAUCUCGGCAUCAUGUUUGCCAAUUCAAUCGGUCCGACCUGGGAGUGACGAUAUAAUAUUUGAAAACACCAAUGGGCAGUGGGCUCAGUCGUCGAAGAAAAGCCCACAGAUCUAUGCGCUUCGGCUAGGGGAGAAGUGCUUUUACACAGCCAUCAAAUUCCCCCCUCGGGUCAUUUUUGACAAGUAUUUAAUUCUUCUUGCCCAAGAAGCCAAAGAGGGGAAGUUUAAUUGUACUGGAUACGCCUCUGUAGAGGAAAAGGUCAUCAACUUGGAGGGCUGGGAAAAUCUAACACUUGUAAUCAGAUAG